CCCCGUUUGCCGUUUGUUUACGCGCCAGUCCCCGAGUGUAGAGAGCUCGAGCGGUAUAUUGGAAAAUAUUUGCCCAUAAGUUAAACUGUUUUUUUUUUCAGUAGAAAUUUAUUUCGACGAUGCUGCAGGACGAAGAAUUCGGUUCAGAUUCAAGUGAUGAAGAUUACAAGCCUGGAGGCGAAUCUGACGUCAGUGAGGAGGAGGGUGAAGGAGACCCAGAAGAUUUUGAACCACAAGAUGAAGGAUGUGAAACCAAAGGCAAAGUUAAAGGCAGGAGGAAAAGAAAGAAUGAUUCAUCUAAUCCAAGGAAAAAGAAGAUGCUAGUGUUAGAAGGUGAAAAAGAGGCGGCCCCAGUGAAAGAUGAAGAAAAUGAGGAGCUGAAAAUGGCCAUAGAAGCAGAGAAAGAAAAGAAAAGGGAGGAGGAAGAAAAGAAAAAGGCAGAUGAUCUAUUUGCAGACUUCAUGAAGGAUGUCAGUAAGCCGAAGCCACGACCGAAGCCGGCGGCCGGCGGCAGUCUGGGCUCUCUGAUGACGUCAGCGGCACCGGGAGGGAGCACCGGGUCAGCUCAGAAGAGCGUAACACCCACCGCGUCGGCCGCCUCCGCCCGGCCGACCCAGACCCAGCCGGAGAAGGUCACAGUCACUAAGGUGUUCGACUUUGCUGGGGAGACUGUCACGGUAACAAAAGACGUGGACGCCAACAGCCGCGAGGCAAAGAAAGCGGCGGCGGGCGAAACCAGUAGUUCUCAGGCAGCUCCAAAGACGGCAGCACCGCUGCGCCGCGGUGGCCUGGCCGGCCUGGUGAAGAACCUCGGGAAGGCUCCCAAGAUGAGCGUUCUGGAAAAGUCUCGGUUAGACUGGGUCGGCUUUAAGAAGGAGGAAAACCUAGAAGAAGAGCUGGAGCAGCACAAACGGAGUAAAAACUCAUACUUGGAGAAGCAGGAGUUUCUGCAGCGGGCGGACCAGCGUCAGUUUGAGCUGGAGAAGGCCAUCAGGGAGCGGCACCGGACACCCAGAUAGGUCCCGUCACUCUCUCCCUCUCUUUCUCUAUCUCCUCUCCUCCUCUGUUAGCGCCGUAGCAUAAUUCCUCUGUUCGCUCAUCGUCAUUCCGUCGUGCUGCCGUUCGCUGUUUGUCGUUGAAGACAUUGACCGUACGGGGCCCCAGCGGUGUGCCGGGCUUACCGUACCGCCCUGGCUGUGUGCAGCUCAGAUCGAGUCGGCUUUUCAACACCCGUACCACCCAUCAUACUCCCGUGGAAGUUAAGUUACUCGAGGCUCGAUUUUCGAGGUUCGAGAUGUACUCUGAGGUAUGCUCUUGAUGUAAAUGUUCAGAAGCCUAUUGUGAGUCAGCGGGUAUGCAUCCCUCUUUAUUUUGUCAUUGGUUAACCGACCAGCCAAGAGCUGCACUGCCUCCUCGGCCCGGGCUGAGGUGGCAGUCCAAUACACACGCUGAAAUGCCCAC